CGGAGGGCGGCUCGAGCGCUGCUACCUUUCCCGUCCAUGGACGCACUUUUGGCUGCGGUGAGCGAGCAACCAGCUGCGGAUAUCGUGCAGGUCGACCGAAUCGGACAAAACAAACUCUCCCGAAUCGGCGCCGCGCUGAGUACGUUCAUUGCUCAGCAGCAGACCGACGGUGGUCGCCAGCAUCCAGCGACCCAAGUGCAGGUCGUGGUUCGCGCUCUGAUCCCGCUGAUGCAAGACGAGGCUUCCGGACUGGCUUCCGACGCCGCCCUGGCGCUGCGCCUGCUCUCGCGUACCGGCACGGCGACCGAGGACUUCUGCGACGAGUCGGUUCUCCUCAGCGCGGGCCGGGCGGCGGGUCUGUCUGAGCUCGGCCUCGCGUCGGGCUGGUCUCAUCUCGCCCGCGAGGCGUCCAUCCUGCUCAACAAUAUCCUAGUGAUUCGUGGGAAUGCCUUCGGUGUCGGAGCAGCGCUGCCCCUCCGCUCAGAGUUGCGCGCCGAGGAGCACAUCGCGGCCGCUCUCUCCACUCCGGAUGCCGUCCCUCUCGGCCAGCUCGUCGCCUGGUCGCGGAUCGCCUUCCGCCUCACCCUCCUCCCUCCGGCCGCCGACCAAGGCGGCGCAGUGGGUGCCUCCGCUCGCCUCGCCCGCGUCCUGCUCCGCCUUGUGGGAUGGGUGGCCAAGGAGCUCCACGGCGCCGAGCGGGCCGCCCGCACGCAGCUGCUCUGCUUGUGCGAGAACGCCGCCCGCUCCGGCGUCAACUGCCUGCUGCCCUUCAGAAUACAAGUGGCUGGUGUACUGACUGCAUCUCAAUGACCAACAGGCUUCAACUGCCU